AGGUGUUUGUGUGUCUACGAGUGUUUCUGUCAUUCAUCCACCACUUUGUUCAUCUACGCUGAAACAGAGGAGCAGCAAACCCACAAUUCUCUCAGCAGCAGCAACCUCUCUUACUAGCAGAAGCAGUACCAACAUGCAGAACGCAGAAGCCGUGUCAGCAACUAUAAACACUAAUAGGAACUGUACAGUGGAGAUCAACAAUGUUAGCAGCAUUUACUGCCUUAUCAAUCCAAAAGUGUACAUGCCCAGUGGGUUCAGUUACCAUCCACCCCAACCCACCAUCCGCACCGCCAAGACCGAGGUUUGCUCAUUCACUAAGGAUGACAACACUGCCACCGGGGCUGUGGGCAUCUUGACCUAUGACCUUUUCCACAUGCAGAACCGUAUGUGCACUGAGCGCAUGGCCGUUCUGUUCUCUGUCCCCUUCGACUGCCACCUCUACAAGAACGUGAUGGGCAUUGGGUUGUUUGAAAGCAGCCGUGGAUGUGACAAGGCCCUGUACAAGCACAUGUAUGAGGGGAAGGACUUCAGUCAGUUCACCCAUGCAGAUGCAGUGGGAUCUGGAAUCAUCCACAGAGGAAAGAAAAUAGACUUAAGGGCCACCAUGUCUACUGUGGGCAAGGCUAUUAUUAAGCUAGAGGUCUAUGAUAAGAUGGGCUAAAUAAUAAACAAAUUUGAUCAUAUGCUUAUUAAAUGUC